AUGCUGCUCCGGGGACAUCUAGCGAACAUUCGGAGCUUCACGACGGCCGUCCCCAUGCGCACGCCUCCUCCCGCGCCACCAUUCUCUUGCCUAUGCUUCCGCAGGCUUCUGCUCCAGGCGGCUCACUCGAGUCCCGGUGGCUCGCCUGCCGCUGUUGCUCCUACGAAUGUAAAGCGCGUGGCCGCCGGGGCCGGCGCCUCUCCUGCGAAACCGGCGGCGAUGUCUGCUCCACAGACGCCGGAGUUUGUGCGGGAGAAUCUGUUCGUCCCACCGGGUGUUGAUCUCGAUGAGGUUACUGAGGAGAUGGUUCUGCCGGGAUCCAACAUCGUGGUUGGACCCUACGCGGGGCACGCGCAGAUCAAGCAGGUGGAAUACGUGAAGAGUAGCGCGAGGCCGAGCGACUGCCCCAAGGACGAUCGUCCAGAGUUCGCCAUCGUCGGCCGGUCCAACGUGGGAAAGUCGUCCCUCGUCAACGCUCUCGUCCGCAAGAAGGAGAUCGCACUCACUUCCAAGAAGCCAGGUCACUGGUCUUUUCACUGAAAUUUCCACGGCCUUGGAAUUUCAUUAUGUUUUUAUUUGUUUUCGUGUGGGAGUCUUUGCAGGCACCAUGUUUGACAAAAUGCCUGGUUCAUGCAGGAAAAACUCAGGUGAUUAACCAUUUCUUGGUCAAUAAAAGCUGGUAUAUUGUGGAUCUGCCUGGUUAUGGGUGAGACUAUCUCCUUUUUCCAGCUGCUCUAUGAGCUGUUACAAUGAUCUUAAGUAACCAUAGCUUAAUGGAUGAUUGGUACUGCUCAUUGCAGCUUUUUUGGUCAAUUGGAAUGAUUCAGAAGCGGUAAUCUAUGCCGCUUGCCUAUUCCACUCAAUCUACAUGCUAACUGGGGAGUCCAGUGUGCUGCCCGUUAUAUCUACAAACUAUGAGGGUCUCUGAAAAUUUACUGAUUAUUAUAGAUUCAAGGGACCGCUGUCGGACGUCUUUCUAAUCAGUAACCUUGAAUUUUCACUUAUUCGUUUCUUCAUCAGUUUUGUAUACAUAAGGUAGGUGAACUUAUUGUCGUUUCUCGCUUGCUCAACAUCUUUUAUGAUAAUGGUGUCAGCGUGGAAGUCAAGUUUUAGGUUAUCAGGAGGAACAGGAGAGAGGAUUCUAAGUCUCCAUUUUUUAGAGUUCUCGAGCUUCUGAAGGGUCUGCAUGUGUCAUCAUUCACUAAAAUAGAAAAGUGCUGCAAAUAGAAACCCAAAGGCCACAUUGAUCCACACCUGUCUGAAUACUUUGAGAAACCAGCGGAGUUAUUGUACGGUUUCUCGAAAGAUUAUAAUUACCAUCCAUAGUGCAACAUUUUUUGUUUCUAGUUAUGAAUGGCUUCCUUAAUAUGUUAUGUCGUUGUCUAGAAAUUAGCUAUUUUCCAGGGAGGCUUAUUUGUUUCUGUCUAUCUAUUGAUCUAUCGCCUUCAUUAUGAUUUUUAGACAUCAGUUGAUUAAUCUAUCUAGCCUUUUACUCUCUCUCUUUCACCAAUUUUUAGGCAUCAGUUUAUUUCUCUCUUACACCAAUUUUCUGGAGGAUUGUUCAAGUUAUCGACAGUUAAAUUUUUUUGAUGUACAGAGGUGCAUCUUCAAAUUCUUUGGCCACUGCCCAUAAGCCUUUUAUCAUGAAAUGUUGCUCUUGUUGAUGGAACCCUAAUGGGUAUCCAUUUAGGCCCCGGGUUCCAUUAGCAUCUAUCACAAACGUAGCCUUGUCAGCCUCUUCCUAAAGGGAAUUAUAAUAGCCUGAUUAGUUCACUUUUGGUUCGUCAUUGGUAGUACAAUUUACGCUAUCUGUGGUUUCAGUUUCUCGUUGUAUUUGAAUGCCCUUCAUUAGUAGGCAAAAAAUAUCUUUAUUAUCUCAACUUUCCCUUUUUUGCACCAAUUUUUUUUAGAUUUGCCUCUAUUGUAUCUCCUCUCUUCCUUAUGCCUCCAGUCCCUGGAUUCUUUCUUACGAUUUUCCUCUACCACCAGAUCAUGAUCAUCCCGCAUCUCCCUGAUCUUUAUCAUAUCUUGAAUCAUCCUUAUCUUCUCUUUAGUCUUCCCUCUCAGUUUUCUGGUUACUCCAGCUUUUUAGAUUACUACGAUCCCUCCUAGCUUGUUGACAGAAUUCCAUGGUCACAACUGCGCCCCAAGGUUUCAUCUCUCCAUUAUGCUACUAGAUCCGUGUUCCUACCAAUUAAAAUUCGUAAAGCCUUGCGGUUCAAUAAUUAUGAAUUAUUUGUCAAAGUGACCGUAAAAAAAUUCAUUCCGAUCAUUAUUUCUUCCAUUUCUCUCUUUUCGUUCUUGUACCAGGCUUCCAGGUUCAUCAUGUUUCUGACAACACAACAUACGUACACACUUCCCCAUUCCCUUGGGGGAAGGGGAGGGCCGAAUCGUUUUCUCCAGACUUCUGUAUUAUUUCAAUCCAAUACUUUUAUUUAGCAGAUAGGGUCGAAUAAUAUUGAGGGGAUACCUGCAUCCAUUGGAUGUUCCAGUGGUCUUCGUCAUUAAUUAGUCUAUCCAAACCUGCUCAUUAAUGAGACUGUUUCCAUUGUAGGUUUGCGAAUGCCCCUGAUUCGGUUCGAAUGGAUUGGUCUGCCUUCACCAAAGGCUACUUCCUGAAGAGGAAGACUCUUGUCUCUGUCUUGCUCCUCGUGGAUGCCAGCACCCCACCUCAGCAGAUCGACCUUGACUGCGCUAAUUGGCUUGGCCGCAAUGAUGUGCGUAAUCAGUCUCUUCUAUUUCCCUACAGUUAUAAUUUUUUAUUUUUUUUUAUAUCUACCUUGCUAGCCAAAGUGAAUGCAUAUAAUUUUUUCAGCCAAUUUCUUACUUAAUGGGUUUAUCUCCUAUAUUUCCAUUAACUUAUUAAACUGAUUUCUCUUUUUUUUCUUAUUAAUUUAUCAGAAUAUUUCUCAUGAAACUUCUUCUACCUCAAUGAACUAGUUGGUUAUAUAUAGAUAUAUAUAGUUUUUUUCUUUCAACUUCUUGCUCCAUGGAUUUAUCUCUUGUAUUUUCAUAAGCUAAACAUUUCUCCUCCCGUCUCUUGAUUUCUCAGCAAAAAACCUUCUUCCACCUUAAAACAAUAUAUAUAUAUAUAUAUAUAUAUAUAUAUUUCUGUCAAUUCCUUACUCCGUGGGUUGUCUUUCUUCGUUUUGUUAUAAUUCUAGAUUGGCAUGACAUUCGUGUUCACCAAGUGCGACAAGAGAAAAGCCAAAAAGGGGAACCAACCCGACGAGAACAUCAGGAGCUUCCUGCAGCUUACCAGAAAGUACUACAAGGUUCCUCCUCCUUGGAUUAUGACCAGCAGCGUCACUGGGUUUGGUAGGGACGACCUCCUCCUCCACAUGUCCCAGCUCAGGAACUACUGGGAGAACUACUAG